AUGAUCCUGGCGGCGGGACGCGGCGAGCGCAUGCGGCCGCUGACCGAUUCGAUUCCCAAGCCACUCAUUCCCGUGGCCGGUCGUUCGAUGCUGGAGCGCACGAUGGACCGGCUGCACCACAGCGGCGUGCAGAAUGUCGUCGUCAACGUGCACCACCUGGGCAACCAGAUCGCCGAGCGAAUCGGCAGCCGCGCCCGCAUCAUUCGUGAGGACAGGCUGCUGGAAACCGGCGGCAGCGUCCGCAACGCGCUGCCCCUGCUCGGCAAUGCGCCGUUCUUCGUGCUGAACGGCGACGGGCUGUGGCGUGACGGGCCGGAAGCGAUGCUGGGUCGCCUUGCCGGGAAGUGGGAUCCCAACCGCAUGGAUGCGCUGCUGCUGCUGCAUCCGCUGGCGAAGGCCAUAGGCCGCGAGGAAAAGGACCGCGGCGACUAUUAUCUCGAACCCGACGGCCGGGCUCGCCAUCGCGGCACGGCCGAGACCGC